GUUAAUUAGGUAAAGUUGAUCUAAAUCCAUUUUAUUGAUUUACCAACAGUUUUUUCUUUUCUCAAUAAAAAUCUACAAAUUAUGAACACGCAUCUUUAAAGAGUAACCUUAAGUAUGUUAAUUAGAAUAAAAUUGAAUUAUUUAAUAGCUUUAUUUGCCAUUUGUUGCCUUUAUUUUGACGGAACAAAGGCAAACAAUAGGGAACUGUACGAUGUUCUUGGAGUGAGGCAAACAGCUACACAGAAGGAUAUCAAACAGGCAUACAAGAACUUGGCCAGACAAUGGCAUCCAGACAAGACAGAUGAUCCUGAUGCAACUUCAAAGUUUACAAAAAUAAAUGAAGCAUAUGAAACACUGGGGGACCCUGACAAAAGACACGAGUAUGACAACUUUGGUUACACAUCAGCCAACGCAAGGCAGCCGAACAGACCACAACAAGGUUUCCAUGGGUCACCGUUUGAUUCAUUCUUCCCCGGCGGAAAUGGAGGGUUCCGCUUCAAUUUUAACAACUUUGGUGGAGAUGCAGAGUCUACCAUUGAGAGAUUCUCGAUUAACCUGAGACAAUAUGAGACAACUAUAUUACCCAACAGCGUGACAAAGCCAUGCAUAAUUUAUGCGUACGCUGACUUCUGCUUCAACUGUAUGAGGAUAGAAGGAAUACUGGAAAAGUUCUUCUCCGAGUUGAAAGCAGUUGGUCUCUGUGCAGCUUCAUUCCACGCGGGACGAUCCGGCGGUCUCAGCUCCGCCCUAAGGGUAUCCACUGUCCCCUCUAUCGUCGGCGUUGUCAAUGAGCGACUGUUCUAUUUCAAAGGCUCUGUCAGCAUUCAAAGUCUACAUGAAUUUACACGGGGUCUCUUUCCUAAUAACUUUGUCACUAAGGUAUUUGACAGUAACGUUGAACCAUUCCUGUCAGGCUGGCCUGCGGACAACAAGGUUCGGGGAUUGUUCUUCAGUCCUCGUGAAGAUCUGUCGGCAAGGUUUCUGGCACCCGCAUAUUUCUACCGUGAAAAUGUGGCUUUUGGCCACGUUUACACCCAAUCUCUACAAGGGAAGGAUAUGUUACGGAAAUUUGGUGUGAAUAAACAUCGGGAGACGCUACUGCUGUUUAAUGAAGAUACGAGUUCACCUGUGGCUACUAUAAGUAUGCAGCAGUUAUCGAGGUCGACCCUUGACGAGGUUAUAGAGGGAAACAAAUACCUCACACUCCCUCGCUUGUCCUCGCAGAAGUUAUUCGAGGAGUUGUGUCCAGAUGGAUAUAAAGUCAAAAACAGGAAACUUUGCGUCGUUUUAAUAACAAAGAAGGGCCCGGCACAAGACGGCACUCGGGAGCAGUUUCGUCAGUACAGUCAGGCGUCCAAGCUGAACGGGAACGAGCGGGUCAGGUUUACAUACAUGUUUGAGGACACACAGGCAGACUUUGUGAAUACUCUGAUGAUGAAAGGCAAGCAGAAAGAAGCAGAUGAGGCACUAAAGGUGGCGAUUCUGUGGCGUGUAGAGAAAUACCAACUCAAGUAUGAAUGGCUGGAGACAGGUUGGCAGGCAGAGCAAAGGGCUAGAUGUUCUAAAGCCCUUGACAGUCGCCUAAAUGUCCUGCUCACCACUGACACAGUCAUGCCGUACAAUAUCGUACCUCCCGAGCUCUUCAAUGAACAUGGACUGAACCUCCUCACCAGGAUUGGGUUGAAGCUGCUGAGCUGGGCUGAAAAGAUUGCAGGACUCCUUAACAUGUUGGACUCCACCACCUGGAUCACGCUGCUCCUCACUGUCCUCUUUGUUGGGGGUAUGGGCUACUUCAUGCACAAACUGGCCUCCCUGGAGGAAAUACAGGUUCAACAGACUCUGCCCAGGAAAACACGACCAAGACCACCGUCAAGAACAUUUGAUGCAAAAAACCUGAACUUAUAUGAGUUAGACUACCGGAUGUACCAGGAGCUGGUCACUGAAGCAGACACUGGACUGACCGUGGUCAUCUUGGUGGACAAGGAUAGCAAGGACACCCUGGUCAAGGAGUUUGCCAAGAUUGUUCAUCCUUACUCAAGGUACAGUGCUCUAACAUUCGCCUUUCUGCAACUGGAAUACAACCUCAAAUGGUACAAAUCCUUACUACAGCUCAGUGUAGAUGACUUCAAAUUGGACGGCAUUAACAUUAAAAACUGCAUAGGAACAGUUCUUGCAAUUAACGGCUUCCGCAAGUAUUACUAUAUAUACAGUGCCAAGAAUGGACGGAAGUAUAUACGUAAGAGGAAUAACGUCUCUGAAGCGCUUGGUUUAGAUGAAGCUGAUGAAAAAUCUGACGAGGAAGAAAACUUUUUUUACCUGGAUGAAAUCCUUGAUGGACUCGCACUGUGGAUGGACAAGAUCUUUGACGGCUCGAUAAAGCGUAUACGAAUCACGCAAUGGCCUGAAUUGGCUGAUAAAUUGUGAUGAAACAGAAAGUUGUUAUCAAAGCUUCUGAGAUUUGCUUAAAAUGCUCCCUCAAAGACAAUCCCAUAGUGUAACUCAAUAGCCUCGAGGCUAAAUUUUAGCAUCUUUUCAUCAUCAGUCAUGCUUCUUUUGAUUUUUUUGGAAAGUUAUGCUUCUAAAAUCUUAAAUAUUGUAUUUGACCAAUACAGAGUUGUUUAAAAAAUGGUUUAAAUAACUGUUAAAAACCACCUUUACCUUAAAAAUUCCAAAAGAUUAAAGUAACAUACAGAAAUCCACCAUUUUGUUUUGCACAGCUAUCACGUGGGUUUGCAAAGGGGAGUAUUCCAUGACUGUAUUUGCCAAAAGUCAAUAAUAUAAAAGGGCAAAAACUAAGUCAUGGAAUCCACGACUAUGAAAGUUGGGCUGUAAAUUGCAAGCAGCCAAUGGUUUAAAACUGGAUAAACUAUACACAGGUAAUAUUUUGAGUAGUUUGCACAUUUAAGCAGUUUGAUUGGUCGACAGUAAUUAUUGCAUACAUAGUGACCAAUCAAUAUCACAUUUAAGCAAUUUGGUUGGUCAACAGUAAUUAUUCGAUACAUAUUAACCAAUCAAUAUCACAUUACAGCAAUUUGAUUGGUCGACAGUAAUCAUUGGAUACAUAUUGACCAAUCAAUACACAUUUUGGCUAACUUAAACCUAACCAACAAAUGAACCAGUUUUAUACAAUUGGCUGCCGAUAUUUAUUUUUGCAUUGUAUUUUGUUUCAUUAUUUCAAUCAUGUUUUGCCAAAAUGUUAGUAUCACUUAAUUGAAUCUAUUUAUUUUGUUUUUCUAUAUUCCUUCCAUUCUUUUCAGUCAUGUUUCAGCCAUUUUUUUCUCCAUUAAACUGAAUCUAUUUAUAAUAAAAAAGCGAACUGUUAAAGGAAUUGACGUUUGAUGCAUCAAAAGAUAGUUUCAUAUGGAAAUCAAUCUUGUACGACAGAUAGCUGCAUAUGGUUAUAAGUAAAUCUAUUUGCAUAAAUCUGUAAUUAUCUACAAAAUGACUUAAUUCUACGAUUUAAAUGUGCAAUGUCAUUUAGUCCUUAUUUAAAGCGUGUGUAUCUUUUUGUUGAUGUUGUUUUUUUGCCUUAAUUGGACAAGUUCACGUUUUAUAGUGUCUGUAAUCAAGAAAAGUAAUAGUAUGUGAACAUAUUAACAAAAUGUCUGUUUCAAUGAUACAUAAAAAGUUUAUAUUGGAGCCCAAAUGUUGAUCAUUAUUUAAAAAUAAUUUGCCGAAAAAGCAUUUGUGAUCAAAUGAAUGAUAUUAGAAUGGAAUUUACAAAGUUCUAUCAGUAACUGUUUGUUUAUAAAAGUAGGUAAAACAAACUCAAUUUCAAUAAAAGUUUAUAAAACAGGGCCAACACAAGUCUGUGAAUGGGUCCGUUUAAAUCCAUGUGUUCCGAUGUGCUUGUAUUUAGUGUUGUCAUAGAUGUUCACUCAAAAGAACUACGUGUGUGUACUUGUAUUACAUAUUGUUUACCUAUUGUUUUCAAUAGAAAUGUUUUUUUUA